UCCUUUUACGGACACCCUCUAUGAUAGCAGUCAAGAUGGCUUGAAAUAAUAUAAAAUUUUAUCAACGUUCUGUUGUAAAAUGGAUAAAAAGUUUACAACUGUUUAGUCCAAAUAUUUUUUUAUUAUUAGAGUUGCACCCACACGUUGCUGCUGCCGUAACUGCGUAACAUCGUAAUGGAGGGAUCACAGAGAGAUAUAAAAUCUGAUGCUGCUGAAGACCCUGGGGAAGGUAAACAAAAACUAGUGGAACUAGACACUAUUCUCAUCAAAGAGAUUGGACAGUUCGGAAAAUAUCAGUUGCGGACUUUCUUAUUAUCCUCUGUGCUGGUGCUCUUCAUAGCUUGGAGCUCUGUAGAAUAUAUUUUCACAACAGCUCGAAUUACUACCAGGUGCUUAAUAACAGAAUGUGAAGAAGAAUCAACGGAGUUCUCUCCAUACUGGUUGUUAAACGCAGUGCCACCUGGUACAAGUGAAGGCUCCUUUGACAACUGUCGAAGAUAUGGCAACUUAACUGCAUUGCCACGCCUAAUUGAGAGCGAUACCUGUCCUAGCUCACUUUUCAACCGCAACAUAAGGAUUCCUUGUAAUGAUUUUGUCUACCAAAACACUCACUCCGUUGUGUAUGAUUUUGGGCUCGCCUGUGAUGAGUGGCGAAGGACACUGAUUGGCACAAUGCGAACUCUGGGUACUCUCACCGCACUCCCGAUUGCUGGAUUCAUUUCGGAUCGAUGGGGUCGACGAGUUGCCCUCACAAUCACUGCAUUCAACACAGCAUGGCUUGGAGUGACACGAUAUUGGGCAAACACCUAUAUAGGUUUCAUAUUGUCUCAGUUUUUUGAAUCUACAUUCGGAUCUGGUGGAUUUUCCUGUGUUUACAUUUUGAUGAUGGAGUUAGUCGGACCAAAAUAUCGCGUAGCUGUUGGAGCAGCUAUGAAUACAUGUUUUGCAAUCGGACAAGUGCUAUUAGGAUUUAUUGCUUGGGGCGUACCAAAUUGGAGGAAACUUACGUUGACACUCUACAUUCCACAGUUGAUCACCAUUUUCUACUACUGGAUUAUCAGCGAAUCAGUGCGCUGGUACAUGAGCAAGGGCCGUUUCGAUGAAUCCGAGGCUUUACUCAGAAAAGUUGCCAAAGUCAACGGGAAGCAAAUAUCAGAGAAGACCUUAGAAACGUUACGGCAUACGGCAGGGGAAAAGUUGCGGAUUAGUGCUGAAGAAGCUGCAAAACAGAGCGGUGGAACUUGGCUGGUAGUACAAGUGUUCAGACAUAAAAGAAUUUUGAUACGUGUGCUCAUAUCCCCUAUAUGGUGGAUCACUACUACUUUUAUUUACUAUGGGUUAUCACUCAACGCCGUCAACAUGUCUGGCAACAGAUACUUGAACUUUGUGGCUGUAUCAGCGGUCGAGAUACCUGGAUUUUGGAUUUCAUAUUUCUUAAUGGAUAGAAUUGGAAGGAAGCCUGUUUUGACUGGCGCCUUUUGGUUAUGCGCUGCUUGCCAGAUUGCAUAUAUAUUUAUUCCACGAGAUUUGUAUGCAGCAUCCCUGACAGUAUACCUUAUUGCAAAAUGUUCAAUAGCAAUCGUUGCGACGUCAGUAUACGUUUACACCGCUGAACUUUACCCUACGAAACAUCGACACAGCUUGUUUGCUUUUUCUUCGAUGAUGGGAAGAAUCGGUUCCAUAGUUGCUCCCUUAACACCCGCUUUUGGUGCCGAAUGGUUUGAAGAAUUGCCUUUUGUAUUAUUUGCCUCUUUCGCCUUAGUAUCUGGAAUCUUAAUUUUCUUAACGCCAGAGACACUUGGCACUACGCUACCAGAUACUUUAGAACAGGCAGAAGAUAUAGGGCGCCAAGAAAUAAGAAAAUAAUGCACU